AGCCUUUUGAAAAGCUCCCAGCACAAACCAGGAGCUCCCGCAGUAUCUGAGAGCAAAAUUCUGAAAACAGCCUGAGGGCGGGCGGUCUGGCUUGUUAGGGUACCAGCGUCACACAUCACCCACUUCCCACUCCCGGUCCCCCUUCCUGGUAAUGAGGCCCCCAGAAACAGCAGUGAUGGCUCUGGUUGUUAUGUCCCACGUACCCACGUGGGAGACUGGAACUGAGUUCCGAGCCCCCCAGCUUCAGUUCAUCCCCAUGUCCCAAUCCUAUGUGAAAACGUGGUGCCUUAUGAGAAAAGUGCUUGCUAAUUAACCUCUUCUAGUGAUGCACUUCACGCACAGCCAGUCCUUUUUUGCGGUAGUCCGCAUGAAGCUGUCUUCCAGUACAAACGCAACCGCAAACUGGAGGGGCAGGGCUAUGGUUUUUAAAGACCGUUUGCAUCACGCCCCACUGUUCUGCAGUGGUUAGCUACUGCCUACGGCAAGCACACGCACGCUGCGCCCACUCGGCGCUGCGGGAUUGGGGAACACGCCCACCUAGCAACAGCACUGCGCUACGCCUUUAACUCCGGGGUGGGGGUGCGCACUACCCGCGCGCCCCCGGCUCCCUCCGCGGCGCCAGUGGCAGUCGUCACCUGUAAGGCGAGCAUCCUGCAACGGGCCAUGGAGCCCGGCGCCUAUUGGACAGCACAGAAAGGCUGCGGCCUGGGUGCCCAGCGGGGCGGGGGCGGCAGACCCCGGCUCCCUGUGCCCGGCCACGUCCCUGUCCUAGGGCGUGGGCCUGACUGAAGUCCAGCUUCGGCAACACGCCCAGGCCGCCGCAGGGACAGCGACCAGGCGACUCCCGGAACCCCCCGCUUCCGUGUGUCCAGCCAGCGGCGUGGCUUCCACCUGCCGCCGCGUCCCGGGCAGGCACUGGCCAUGGCGCUGGCUGCCGCCGCGGCCGCCGCGGCCGCCGGAGUGAGCCAGGCGGCGGUGCUAGGUUUUCUGCAGGAGCGGGGCGGGAAGGUGCGCAACUCGGAGCUGCUGAGCCGUUUCAAGCCGCUGCUGGAGGCCGGCGACCCGCACGGCCGCGCCGCGCGCAGGGAUCGCUUCAAGCAGUUCGUCAACGACGUGGCCGUGGUGAAGGAGCUGGACGGCGUCAAGUUCGUGGUGCUGAGGAAGAAGCCCCGGCGCCCGGUGGGAUCCCAGCCCCUGUCCCUGCCCCUGCGCAUCGCAGCGCCGCCGUCGAGUGCCCUCUCCGAAGCCCCGGCAGAAGGUGCUGCUCCUGCAGCUCAGUCCCCGGCCCCCGUGCAGCUGGACCCGGCGGCGCAGCCCGAACCACAGGAUGCCCCCGGGGCUCCGACCCCUGCCUCCAGUCCGCCCCCUGGGGAGCUGCCGUUAGGCUCGGUCCACGGCCCCGCAGACACCCAGCCUCCAGCCUCGGAGCCUGCCCAGCCCUCAGAGGGACCCUGCGCGGAUGCCGCCCCGCAAGCCGAGGCGCUGUCGGAGCCAUCCGCGGCCCGCACAGAAGCCCCCACCCCGGGCCCGGACUCGGGGCUGCCACCUCCGGCCCGGCGCGCGCCACCACCGCCGAAGCCCUGCAUGCUGCCGGUGCGCUGCCUGCCGGGCCCCGCUGCGCUCCGCAUCCGGGCUGAGGACCAGGGCCUGCGCCGGCAGCUGUCGGAAGAGCCCGGCCCACGGAGCUCCCCGCCUCUGCUGAGGCGGCUGUCAGUGGAGGAGUCCGGCCUGGGCCUGGGCCUGGGCCCUGGUCGCUCCCCGCACCUGCGGCGCCUGUCGCGCGCCGGUCCCCGCCUGCUGCUGAGCCCCGACACCGAGGAGGUGCCCGCCGCGCCACCGCCCUCAGCCGUGCCCCUGGAGCCGGCUGAGCACGAGUGGCUCGUGCGAACGGCCGGUGGCCGCUGGACCCACCAGCUGCACGGGCUGCUGUUGCGUGACCGCGGCCUGGCGGCCAAGCGCGACUUCAUAUCGGGCUACACCGCCCUGCACUGGGCUGCCAAGAGCGGCGACCACGAAAUGGCGCUGCAGCUGGUGGAGGUGGCGCGGCGCGGCGGCGCGCCCGUGGACGUGAACGCGCGCUCGCACGGCGGCUACACGCCGCUGCACCUGGCCGCCCUGCACGGCCACGAGGACGCCGCCGUGCUGCUGGUCGUGCGCCUCGGGGCGCAGGUGCACGUGCGGGACCACAGCGGCCGGAGAGCUUACCAGUAUCUGCGGCCCGGCUCCUCGUACGCGCUGCGACGCCUGUUGGGCGACCCGCGCCUGCGAGGCGCCGAGUCCGACGCCAGCGCCGUCGGGGGCGGCAGCUUGGCAGCCCGACGCCCGGUGCAGGUGGCGGCCACCAUCCUGGGCUCCACCACCAGCGCGUUCCUGGGCGUGCUGGCCGACGACCUGGUGCUCCAGGAUCUGGCCCGCGGCCUGAGGAAGUCCAGUUCCUUCAGCAAGUUCCUGGGCGCCUCGCCCAUGGCUCCGCGCAAGAAGGCCAAGGUCCGUGCGGGACUGCCAGCCUUCGCGGACGCCGCUCGCCGCCCAGCCCCGGGGCUGUUGGCAGGCCUCGUGCCCAGCGUGCCACCCACCACCUGACGGCCGCCUGGGGCUUGGGCCCGGCCCAGACCGAGGCCUCACUUGACACCGUGGCCCCUACCGGCACCGUUCCCGACUCUGUCCAGCAGGGCCCAGCCGGGCCACGUUGUCCGCCUAGAGGGGCCUC